AUGGGCGCAGAUUACUACGGAAUCCUCGGGGUCUCCAAGGACGCAGACGAGUCCCAGCUCAAGAAGGCCUACCGCAAACUCGCUCUCAAAUACCACCCCGACAAGAACUCGGCAAAGGAAGCACAGAAAAAGUUCCACGACAUCUCAGAAGCAUACGAAGUCCUCUCCGACAAGGACAAGCGUGCAAUCUAUGACCAAUACGGUGAAGAAGGUCUCAAGGGCGGCGGACCCCCACCUCCCGGUGCUGGUGGGUUUGGUGGCGGUGGUGGGUUUGGAGGGUUCCCUGGUGGUGGUGGAGGAGGACCUUCGUAUACGUUUUCGACUGGUGGAGGAGGUGCUGGUGGGUUUAGACCGACGGAUGCCGAGGAUAUCUUUAAGCAAUUCUUUGCGUCCUUUGGCGGUGGUGGAGGGGGAGGGAUGCCUGGGAUGGGGGCGGAUGAGGAGGAUGAUAUGGGCGGUGGGGGUGGGUUUGGAGGCCGCGGUGGUAUGCCCGGAGGUAUGGGAGGUAUGGGAGGCAUGCCAGGUGGCGGUCGACGAGCUAGACCAGCACAACACCGCCCCGAGCCUGAGAAACCUCCAGCAUUGGAACGAACCCUGGCCGUCUCCCUCGAAGACCUGGCCAAGGGCGUCACAAAACGCCUCAAAGUCACCCGAAAAGUCACCAACCCUGCCAGUGGCCGCACCUCCGACAAGAUCCUCACCAUUGACGUCAAACCCGGUUGGAAAGCCGGUACCAAGAUUCGUUUCCCUCGCGAAGGUGACGAGUACCCCAACGGGGCUAUCCAGGAUAUUGUCUUUACACUCGAAGAGAAGCCCCAUCCGGUUUUUACGAGGAAGGGAGAUGAUCUGGUGAUGACUUUGGAAUUGACGUUGCUUGAGGCCUUGACGGGUGGGUUUUCGAAGGUUGUCAAGACGCUUGAUGGUCGGUCAUUGCCGGUUUCUGCGAGCAGUUCGAAGAUUACACAACCGGGCCAGGAGGAAAGGUUCCCGGGGGAGGGCAUGCCGAUUUCAAAGAAGCCGGGUCAGAAGGGUGAUUUGAUUGUCAAGUUUGAUGUCAAGUUCCCAACUACAUUGACCGCUGCCCAGAAGGCAGAGCUCAAGAAGAUCCUUUCCUAA